ACAGCGUUUGCACCCCACACCGCUGCGCAGGUGUGUCGGUGAGCUCACAGCUGCCCCCCAGGCAUGCCCAGCCCACUUAAUCAUUCACAGCUCAACAACUCUCCCGCCCAAACCAGGUCUAGAGGAUAAAAGCGGGGCUUGCGGCUCCCAGGUAACAGAGCCGCCUUCCGCGUCCUGUCCCGCGCUGCUCUUUCUCUCCAGCACCUCGCGACCGCUAGUUCCCGCUACUCUUACUCCACUAGGAACCAGCCAUCAUGUCUCGCCAGUCAACCGUGUCCUUCCGGAGCGGGGGCAGCCGCAGCUUCAGCACUGCCUCUGCCAUCACCCCGUCCGUCUCCCGCACCAGUUUCACCUCCGUGUCCCGCUCCGGGGGUGGCGGCGGUGGUGGCUUUGGCAGGGUCAGCCUCGGGGGUGCUUACGGUGCCGGUGGCUUUGGCAGCCGGAGCCUCUACAACCUAGGGGGCUCCAAGAGGAUUUCCAUCAGCGCCAGCGGCGGUGGCUUCAGGAACCGAUUUGGUGCUGGUGCUGGAGGCGGCUAUGGCUUUGGAGGUGGAGCCGGGAGUGGAUUUGGUUUUGGCGGUGGAGCUGGCGGUGGUGGCUUUGGGCUCGGUGGUGGAGCUGGCUUUGGAGGUGGCUUCGGUGGUCCUGGCUUUCCUGUGUGCCCCCCUGGAGGCAUCCAAGAGGUCACCGUCAACCAGAGUCUCCUGACUCCCCUCAACCUGCAAAUCGACCCCACCAUCCAGCGGGUGAGGACUGAGGAGCGGGAGCAGAUCAAGACCCUCAACAACAAGUUUGCCUCCUUCAUCGACAAGGUGCGGUUCCUGGAGCAGCAGAACAAGGUCCUGGACACCAAGUGGACCCUGCUGCAGGAGCAGGGCACCAAGACCGUGAGGCAGAACCUGGAGCCUUUGUUUGAGCAGUACAUCAACAACCUCAGGAGACAAUUGGAUGGUAUCCUUGGGGAGAGAGGCCGCCUGGACUCGGAGCUCAGGAACAUGCAGGACUUGGUGGAGGACUUCAAGAACAAGUAUGAAGAUGAAAUCAACAAGCGUACCACUGCCGAGAAUGAGUUUGUGAUGCUGAAGAAGGAUGUGGACGCUGCCUACAUGAACAAAGUGGAACUAGAGGCCAGUGAUGCACUGAUGGACGAGAUCAACUUCAUGAAGAUGUUCUUCGAUGCGGAGCUGUCCCAGAUGCAGACGCACGUCUCAGACACAUCCGUGGUCCUGUCCAUGGACAACAACCGCAGCCUGGACUUGGACAGCAUCAUUGCUGAGGUCAAGGCCCAGUACGAAGACAUUGCCAACCGCAGCCGCACAGAAGCUGAGUCCUGGUACCAGACCAAGUAUGAGGAGCUGCAGCAGACUGCAGGUCGCCAUGGCGAUGAUCUCCGUAACACCAAGCAUGAGAUCUCUGAGAUGAACAGGAUGAUCCAGAGGCUGAGAUCCGAGAUCGACAACGUUAAAAAACAGUGUGCCAACCUGCAGAAUGCCAUCGCUGACGCUGAGCAGCGUGGGGAGCUGGCCCUCAAGGAUGCCAGGAACAAGCUGGCGGAGCUGGAGGACGCCCUGCAGAAGGCCAAGCAGGACAUGGCACGUCUGCUGAGGGAGUACCAGGAGCUGAUGAACACCAAGCUGGCCUUGGACGUGGAGAUUGCCACCUACAGGAAGCUGCUGGAGGGCGAGGAGUGCAGACUGAGUGGAGAAGGAGUUGGACCAGUCAACAUCUCUGUCGUCACAAACACCGUUUCCUCAGGCUAUGGUGGUGGCAGUGGCUUUGGAGGUGGCCUGGGCGGUGGCCUGGGCGGUGGCCUGGAGGAGGUCUGGGGCGGAGGUCUUGGCGGAGGUGGCAGCAGCAGCUUCUACUCCAGCAGCAGCGGGGGUGUUGGCCUAGGCAGUGGGCUCGGUGUCGGGGGCUCUGGCUUCAGUGCAAGCAGUGGCCGAAGCUUGGGCUUUGGCAGUGGUGGGGGCAGCAGCUCCAGCGUCAAAUUUGUCUCCACCACUUCCUCUUCUCGGAAGAGCUUCAAGAGCUAAGAGCCUGCAGCAAGUCACUGCCUCCCAAGCCCAGCAGCCGGCCGUGGCAUCCACCUGUGGCAUCCACCUCUUCUAGGUGGUGUCUCAAGCCACGUUUCCUCCUCUUCUGGAGUCUAGUCAAUGAAGCCUAUCGCAGACCCACAUUCUUUGGUUCCUGGAAGGCCCAACCCCCAGUCUCUAGCCUGGUGUGUCCUGAUUCUAUGCUCUGCUCCCAAGCAGCCUUUGAGUCUCUAUAGCCUGGUCCUCGGUGACAGAAGAAUCCAAUGUUUUCCAGUAUCUAAACCAUCAAAACGGAGUCCUCACCCCAAUCCCAUCUGGUCUGACUAUCUCCAGAAUGUGUUCAAUAAAACGCUUUCAUAAUAUAAA